CUUUCUCUCUUACUUUAUUAAAGGAACUAUACGGCAAAAGCAAACUACAUACCUCUGUAAAAUCUGGGAGAAAUUCCAGUCGGAGCAGAGAGAUGAAACUAUGCAUGGAGUGUGGAAAGAGAUUCACUAGCAAGAGUAAACUUAUUCUCCACCAAAGGAUUCACACUGGGGAGAGACCACAUAAAUGUCUGGAGUGUGGAAAAAGCUUUACCCAGAAAGGGCAUCUUAAUUCUCAUAACAAGAUCCACACAGGGGAGAGGCCAUAUAAAUGCAUAGACUGUGGAAAGAGCUUUUCUGAGAAGAAAGAAGUUACUCGCCACCAAAGGAUCCACACAGGAGAGAGGCCAUAUAAAUGCCUGGAAUGUGGAAAGAGCUUUACUCAGAAAGGACCACUUAAUUCUCAUGAAAGGAUCCACACAGGGGAGAGGCCCUAUCAGUGCAUGGAGUGUGGGAAGAGCUUUACCCAGAAAGGACAACUUAAUUGUCAUGAACGAAUCCACAGAGGGGAGAGACCAUAUAAAUGCAUGGAGUGUGGAAAGGGCUUUACCCGCAAGGGAUAUCUCACUUCUCAUGAAAGGAUCCACACAGGGGAGAGACCUUUUAAAUGCAUAGACUGUGGAAAGAGCUUUUCUGAGAAGAAAGAAGUUACUCGCCACCAAAAGAUCCACACAGGAGAGAGGCCCUAUAAAUGCCUGGAAUGUGGAAAGAGCUUUACUCAGAAAGGUCCACUUAAUUCUCAUGAAAGGAUCCACACAGGGGAGAGGCCCUAUCAGUGCAUGGAGUGCGGAAAGAGCUUUACCCAGAAAGGACAACUUAAUUGUCAUGAACGAAUCCACAGAGGGGAGAGACCAUAUAAAUGCAUGGAGUGUGGAAAGGGGUUUACCCGCAAGGGAUAUCUCACUUCUCAUGAAAGGAUCCACACAGGAGAGAGACCUUUUAAAUGCCUGGAAUGUGGAAAGAGUUUUUAUGACAAGACAAGCGUUACUUGUCACCAAAGGAUCCACGCCGGAGGGAACGUAUAAAUGCCUUGAGUCUGAAGAAUUCUUGAACAAUUAUAGCACCUUUAGUUGUCAGAGGUAUCCAGACAGGAAAAUUAGAAAUGCAUGGAAAGUGUAUCAGGGUUCACUGAGUAUAGGGUCUCACCUCUCAUAAAAGGACGCACACAUGAAAAACUGUACAAAUCCAUGGACUGAGCUUUAUUUGCAACCGCCAACGUAUUCAUCAUCCAAGAAUCCAGACAUGGCAGGCAGCUUAUUAAUGCACGGAACAUGCAGAGAUGUUUUCCUUGAGCCUGGAUCUUAUUUAUCAUCCAAGCAGCCACACACAAGAAAAGGUGUAAGCCCUCAAAUGUGGAAAGAACUGAAGAUGGAUCAGUGGCUUAAUUUUUCAUAGGAUGACCCAUUCAGGAGAGUUACCAUAGAAACAUAAAAGAUUGAGCGAGUUAGUGAAAAUGCACUAUUGUCUCACUCGUCGUACACUUUUUAAACGUAUUCUCAGAUACGGAGGGCAUAUAAUCUCUUUGAAAGUUGGUUACCUUGGUAUUGUUUUAGUGCAGGGUGUACGGUCACUCAGAAGUUCAGUCCCUAGCCAUCUCACAGUUGGACUGUUACAAUGCACUCUACAUGGGGUAUCCUCAAAGAGCAUUCGGAGGCUACCCUCUCACCCCACUGGGAUUGGCCUGCCCCACUUGUGCCAGCAGAGGAGGCACGCUGCUAGUUCCAUCAGCCAAACAAAUUAUUCCGACUGGCAGGGUCCAAGAGGAGGGCCUUCUCUGCUAUAGCUCCUGCCCUCUGGAACAUCUUGCCCCUCCCCAUGCGAGGUUAGCGCCAAUCCUCCUUUCGUAAGGCCCUAAAGAACUGGCUCUGCCAGUUGGUUGGGUCCCAAUGGAGGAACAGCACAGUGGAGGAGAUUGAUUAACAGCCUCCUCCCCCACUUUGCUCCCCCCCCUUCUGAUGUGUCCUUGAUUUCAAUCUUUGGUUAUAUUUAUUCAGGCUUUAAUGUAGAUGUAUUUUUCUGUCUGUAAGCCAUC